GUAAACUAGAAAAGAAUCCGUUCGAGGGAUACACUCUUUAGUGAAGAGCUUAAAAAGGCAUCAUUAUUGUAUUCUUUCUUCUUCCACAAAUAAUCCUUCUCUGAUAAAUAUGCAUAUGAUAGCAUAAAGCUGGUGUGUUUCGUAAUCAGUAUAUAUAAAUAGCUUAUGCCAUUCUUGGUGUGGGCGUUUUGAAUGAUUUCUCUAAUGAUACCAUAAAGCUAGUGUGUUUCGUAAACGGGCGGAAGCUAAGACGAUCUUUUCGAAACACCGUUUUCAAACAAAGAAAGAAAUUAAAGGUACAGCAGCAGCAGCAGCUUUAAUCAAGGAAAAGGAGUACGUGAUCAUGAGUUACUUAGGGGAGUCGUCAAACAUAACAAGUCAUCAUCACCAUCACCAUCAUCAGCACCACCAGCAUCAGGAUAGGACUUCAUCAUCUUCUUCAGGGUCAGGCUCGUCAAGGAAGAGCGGCAAGAAGAAUAAUAACAGCAGCGGUUCAGAGAAACCGAAACAGCCUCAGAGAGGGCUGGGUGUUGCGCAAUUAGAGAAGAUUAGAUUACACUCUCAAAUGGGCUGCGCUUUCCUACCUGCUGCUGGGGCGGCGGCUAAUAACCCUCUCCACCUCCCUCAUCCUCAUCAGGAGGCCGAUAUUGGACUGCAGACAGGAUACUCUUCAUCUCCCUCCUCAUUCUCAUACCCGCCCUCCACGUCAUACACUUUCCCAUGCAACCAAACCAUCUUGAUGAGUGCAAGCGAACUGGAAGGAGGAAAUGUAAGAUAUGGAAAUUCUUACCCACUCUCUAAUCCUGGGUGGCAUCAAGGGAUAGUCUACGAGCCCCAGCGAUUUGCUCCAUCGAACAUCACCAGACAUUUCCUCAACCAACACCCCUUAGAGGAGUCGAUUGACAGGAUGGCUAUUAAAGACCGGAGCUAUUUAACCGGGUCGAGUGAUCAGAACUCGGAUUCUCAGGAGGAUCAAGAAAUAGAUUUGGAGCUCAGACUUUCACUUUGAUAAGCCACUUUAAUUAGUAGUCCGCGACAACAAUAGCAAUUGGGCCAUUGUGCGGAUGGGCCUGACAAUUAAAGAUUUAAAUUGUGUAACAUUGAGGUUCCAUAUAUGACAUCUGCCUUCGCUUCAAAUUGCCUUUCAAUGUAGUGUUAUUUGUGUAGUCGGAGUACUCCGGAUUAUAAAUGUACGUACGGAGUAUAUUCCAAAAAAAUGCGGAGUAAUGCAAAGACAUCCUUCUAUUCUUAAAAGCAGUGGGUAAAUCGUCCAUGUUUUUUCCACCUAUCAGCUUAACGAUUUCAGCCAUUGAUCAAUGCGAUUCAAUUUAAGGAAACCGUGUUGGAUGGAAACACGAGAAACAAUUAAAAGGAAACCGUGUAU